GGACGGACCGACAUGGAUUUUAGAACUUGUAGACCGAAAACGCCCGUGCCAUGUAGUUAUCUCCAAAUCUGAAAACAAUAAGGUUAUAUUGAAGCAUGGCGGGGUUCUACGGGAUCGAACAGCGGGAAGUCAUCCGCGUGAAAGUGAAGAAAUGUGAGGGCUUCAUUCAGCCGGAGUACAAGAAAUUCUCCCUGGACCCACAGAUUACUUCUUAUGAGAUGCUUCAGCAUAUCCUAGCCAGUGCCUUCAGUAUCAAAGGGGAUUUUACCCUGAGUUACCGAACACGAGAUGACGAGGGACAGGAAAUCUACCUCAGUAUGCUCUCUGACUGGGACAUGGAUGCAGCCUUCCAGAGUGCUUCAGACCCGUGUCUCCAGCUCAAGGUUGACCUCAAACCGUUUGAGGAAGGUUUGGAUGACUGGGAUAUCAUCGCUCCUGUGGAUGUGCCACAAUAUAAGGUGUCCAAUCUAGUGGAACGGAACUCCAUCUUGGGAUCGCUUACAGGGACAAUAUCCAACCAAGUUGGGAGAACUGUGUCACACAUGCAGCGUGUCAUGGGUCUGAGAAAUGAAGACGAGCAGCGCUACAGGCCAUCAAAAUCUCCGAUGACAGACAUGGAAUUUCGGAACUACUUGGAUUCCUCCGGCCAUAUGAUAAAACCAGAGGAGUUCCGAAUCAGCAUCUAUCAAGGAGGUGUGGAACCAUCCCUGCGUAGAGUUGUAUGGCGUCAUCUUUUGAAUAUAUUUCCAAUUGGACUUUCUGGGAAGGAACGGUUUGAUUACAUGAAGCGCAAAGAGAAUGAGUACUACAAGCUGCGGGACAACUGGCGUGAUGUUAUAAGUUCAGGAUCAAUGACUGAAGACAUCCGCUACAUCACAUCAAUGGUAAAGAAGGAUGUCCUAAGGACAGAUAGAACUCUCAAAUAUUUUGCCGGAGGUGACGACAGUAAGAACCUAUUGUCCUUGUUCAAUGUUUUAGUUACGUACGCCGUCACACACCCUGAAGUGUCAUACUGCCAGGGUAUGAGUGAUGUUGCCUCACCACUACUAGUCAUCCAGAAGGAUGAAGCACAGGCUUAUCUCUGCUUCUGUGGGAUCAUGGCUAGGAUGAAGUCAAACUUCACAUUGAAUGAGAAUGCAAUGAACCUGAAAUUCAAGCACUUAAGUGACAUUCUAGAGCUACAUGAUCCCAUUCUUUAUGCAUAUUUGAAAGACCAUGAUGCUGGCGAUAUGUUUUUCUGUUACCGAUGGUUACUUCUUGAACUGAAACGUGAGUUUCCAUUUGAAGAUGCCCUGUACAUGCUUGAGGUAAUGUGGAGCACACUGCCACCUGUGUACCCAGAGAGUGAGCUCCUCCUGACAGAAUUGGAUUAUUCCUCAUUUCUUUUAUCGACAUCACCCUGCUCGCCUUCCUUCUCAAAGAAGCCAAGUAUUUAUGAGAAGUUCAAGAAUAUGAGACGAGUAAAAUCAUCAAAGUCUAGAAAUCUAGAGGUUCCAUCAGGGGAGGAAACUGUGGGUAAUUCUGUGAAUAAUAAUUCUGUAUUAGUGUCUAAAAAUCUGACAAAUGCUGAGAAUGCUUCCCCAUUUGAGGAAGAAAAAUCUAUUGUUGGAGCACAUGAUUUUCCUUCUAUGAAGGAUUCCAUGGUUGCUGAUGCUGAGGCGAAAUCCUUUUGUAUUGACAAGUCUCUUGAAACCGAGAUGGAGUCAACAAUUCAAAAUAAGAAAAUUCAAGAUCCAGAAAUUGCUCUAGAAGUUCUGAAAGAAGAAACAACAGAUGUUACAUCUUGCAAGUCAGUGUUUAAUGGGUCAGAUUUAAGCAGCAGUGUUCAUGAUGAGCGUCCCGCAGGCUCCUUCUAUAAUGGGGACUUGACAAGUGAAACACCCACAGAUGGUACAGAUAGUGAGGAGGUUGAGACACUUUUCUCUCAGGAUUUGGUUGGACCUGAGAAUAGCAUAAACAAUGACCCUCCAUUCUGUAACGCCUCUUUGACCAAAGAAGGUGGAACGGAUGAUGAAUUGUGCAAUGAUAAUAUGGAUGAAGAUCAAGAUGAUAGUGGACAUUCCCAAUUCUAUCUCUCUCUGGAUUCUACAGAAGAGGAAAAAACAGGGGGAAACAACCAUGUUGCCCCUGACAAUAAAUCGCUCAAAAAAACUGGAGAAAGGGCAGGAUUCUUUCAUAAUGUUAAAGAAUUCAUUUCAAUUCCAAAAAAGAGGCCCACAGAUAUUCAGAUCCCAAAGGUUGUGGCAGGUUUUAAGGCUCCUGAUAUCGUACACGAAGUAUUGAACAUACACAGUUGUGAUAAUGAUCUCAAAACAGAAAGCAACAGUAACUGCUCCAAAAAGUUAGCCCAGAAUAAUGGGUUAACAAACGGAAGGCAAAAGUACGCAGGAAAAGCGGUGCUGUCUCCCGUUGCUUCAUCAGUAGCUAACAGUGAGGUAGAUAUCACCUCCACUUCCAGUAUGUGUUCAAGUUCUCUCCCUUUGAAUGACUCUGGAAUGAGUAUGUCUGAAUGUACGGAAAUCUCAGAUGACAGUUCAUUGGAAGUUAUAAAGCACAGCAUUCCAACGAUUAAACUGCCCCCUCCAGAUGUGUUCGGAAAUGGCAACCCAUUUCUGAUGUUUGUGUGUGUCACAUUGCUGAUGCAACACAGAGAGGCUAUAUUACAGAAACAAUUGGAAUAUGAUGAGAUUGCCAUGAUGUUUGACAAGAUGGUUAGAAAACACAACGUACACAAGGUUCUACACCAAGCCCGUGUUCUCUACACUGAUUACUUACAGACACAGAAAAAAAUUGAGGAACAGGCCGAUGCAGAGGACCAUGCAUUCAGUGUUUAGUUUCACUAUCACUUGCCAUAUAUAUUGUGCAGAGAGCAGUUGUUCAAUGCUUUAGUGUAGCUUACAAUGAUAUUGGCUUCAUUCACUUGAUUUCCAUGGAAACAACUUGAUUUUGAAUUUCAAAAUAGAAAAAAAUAACUUUGCAAUCUAUAAAGCUGUUUACCACUUUCUACAAAUAUUGAGAUUUUAUAUUCUAGUUAUUAUAAAUCAUUUGAGAUUUAUUAUGAUAAUUUGAUGAAUUCAAGAUUGAACAGGUUAUCUCCCUUCGUUAGAAAUUGUUUUAAUGACAUCAACCUUUAUUGUCCAUUGUUGUACAAUUUCUUCAGAAAUCUUUUAAACCUUAAUGUAAGACAAACUUCUUGUUAAUAUGGGAUAUAGUCUUUGCCCUGCGGUGUUUUUAGGGCAUUAUUGGAACCGUCAUACCUAACGAGGCAGGUUCAGUAUGAUGAUUAGGAACAUGCUGGCAUUUCUAAUGAAAUUUUAAAAGAUAUGUGUUACCAGGCAUGAGCUUAAAUAGAUUUUUGCAUACAAUUGCAAGUACCCCAAACACUUUGAUAUAUUGAAUGGAUUGCUGUGGUACAGUGAAAAGCUGAGCUCCUCUGAUUUAUUAAUAUAUUUUACAGUCGCAACUUAUUCUUAUAAUGUGCAACUCUGUAUUGAAACGUAUAGGUAUACAUUUUCUUUUACAGCUAAGUUUUUUUUUAGUCCCAAAUUACUUCUUUCAGGUAUGAAAUAUUUUCAUUUGUAUGAAAACCUUAAAUUAUAGAUUUGUCCUGAAAAGGCUGUGAUUUUAAUAGAGAAUUAGCUAGAUAAAUAUUGAAACAGCGAAAAAAAAAGCAGAAUUUUAUGUGAACCUGCUAGUGAUAUGCAUGUACAUUAUAGAUAUUGUUGGAAUGUGAUACUGGAUUAACUGUCAUUGGUGAUGUGUUAAAUAUGUAUUGUGUCGAUACACUGAUGUAGUAUUGAGCAAAGAUUUGACGAUAAAUUGUAACUAAGUGAUCUUCACUUUGUUAUGCUUUGUCAGUAUUUGUCAUGGACAGAAUUAUUUAUUCUGUAAAUCCUGGUGAAAUUGAAAGUUAGAAAUGACUUUAUGAAGCUUAAACAACAGCAGACUUGCAGGUUAUGCUUUGCAAUUGACCCUUCCAUAGUCAACAUGUUCUUUUUAGGUUUAAAAAAUGAUGCUUAAGUUUACUAUGUUUGCUAUUCAUAAUGUAAUUAGCACAAAUAUUUAAGUUCGGACAUAACGUUGAUGACAUACAUGCAUGUACAUGGAGAUAACAUUCCAGCUUGUCACGUCAACCUUGGACAUAUUAAUCAUAAACAAAGGCUGAAAUGUCUGCUCUCUUCUGAGACAAAAGCUUCAGCUUACAUAUAAAUUUUAAUGCUGUCGUUCUGCCAUAUUUUUGGCGUGGACAAAGUCUUCAAUGAAAAGCUAUAUAUCUGUAUCAAUUAUCAAAAGGAUUGUGUUGUACUUGUUCAUUCAUACAUUAUGACUGUACCAGGUGUAUUUCAUAUAAGCAGAAGUAUCCUGUCAAUGUCACUGAUUUAAAUCAUUAUUUUCUAAAGAUAGCGAUAAAGUGAAAGUCUACAAAUUUUUAUGAAUUUUGAUAUUUAAAUUCAUAAAUGGGAAUCAAAAUAUUAAGAGACAACCCUCUGUGUUCAGAAAUACAAUACUGCAAAACUGCUAUAAGGCGCUGAAAAUGUAUUUGUGUAGCUAAAAGACAUGUUGUAAAUGAUGUUCAUAAUUACUCAGUUUAUGCAAAUGUGAAUUUAUUGGAAUAAUGAUAUUAUACGAAGACCAGCAUAUUGAUCAGGUAUGAUAGUUUAGUUUCAUCUUUAAGUCUUUAUCACAUGUAUCAGCAAAGGUCAGACUAAGGUCAGAAGUUGAUUAUGUGUAUUGUCAACCUGAGAAUGUUACUGUCAACCAAAUUCAGAUUGAGGUCAGAGGGCGAUAGUGUGUGUUGUCACCCUAAGGAUGCUUCUGUCUACUAAUAUCAGACUGAGUUCAGAAGGCAUUAGUGGAUAUUGUCAACCUGGGCAUGUAACUGUCAACCAAGGUCAGAAGUUGAUACUGUAUAUUGUCAACCUGAGAAUGUUACUGUCAACCAAAUUCAGAUUGAGGUCAGAGGGCGAUAGUGUGUGUUGUCACCCUAAGGAUGCUUCAGUCUACCAGUAUCAGACUGAGUUCAGAAGGCAUUAGUGUAUAUUAUCAACCUGGGCAUGUAACUGUCAACCAAGGUCAGACCAAUGUUAGAAGUUUUUCAUUGUAUUGUCAACCUGAGGACAUGCUUCUUAAGUCAAGGUCAGACUGUGUUUAGAGGAUGUCUGAAAACAAGACUGCAUCUUAAGUGUGGAUCUGUUCUGUUGAUAGAUGAUUUUGUGACAAGUUCAUCAUAGUAUUUCUAGUUCAGUAUCAAGUGUAGUUCUAUAGAAAUAAAUAAAGAAAUCAAUAAAUAAAAAAGACCAAUGCUUGUUGGGUGUAGUUUAAAGCAUACUUGUGUUUGUGCUCAGGUUAGUUACAUUUUAAGUAACACAUGAAAAAAAUAUAAUUCCUUUUGGUUUGUGCAGAAAAUAAGAUGUCUCAUUAACUUGUUCGUGUUGAUAGACUAAAUGAAAAAUGAAAUGUUAGAAAUAAUCACACUCAUUUAAGCCUUGAAUAAUUGUAAAGAUUAUGUUGUUCCUUCAAAAUUCUUUACAUUCAUGAUGUGUUUAGUGUAAUAGGGAUCCAAAUGCUUGUGAUCAUAUGUGAAUCAUUCAUCUGCUUGGUGGAAGUGCUUUGAUUAUGUAUAAUGAAUAGUGAGGUACAGCUCAAUAAACAAAAAGUCAUUAUCAUUGUAUCAUCUACACUCUUAAGGAGAAAAAACAAAACAAAAAAAACAGUACACAUGGAACUUUGGGACUUGAAAAGACCUACCGUAUUUGAGUAUUCUUUUCACUGAAAAGUAUUAAAGCCCUCAGACAUUGUUCAUUUCAAAGAGACAUUCUCUUCUAAUGCUUUUCACAAAUAAAGGACAUGAUUCUGAGAUUUUGAAACAAUUUAAUUCAUCAAUUUAUUCAUCAAGACAAUUAAUUUUUUUGUUUGUUUUUCUUUAAAAACAUAGUAUUUACAGAUAACCAUAAUUUUUUUCCUACAGAAAACAGACGUACUGGUUUACUUCAGUGCCAAACACAAACUCUGAGAUUCUGGAGAACUGUAUGAUAUGUGAACAAGCCUUGUUCAAGUUAUUUGCAAGAAAUUUUACAUCAUAUGCAAUGUGUAUUAUAUGAAAUCCAUUGCGUGUAAUGCCACAGAGUAACUAUAUUCUAAUUCUUUUAUUUUGUUUUGUUUUGGCAUGUAUUGUCAAUAAAGUUUUCUGUUGUUGCAUA